CUUAAGUUAAAUAAUUUGUUAAAAUCUUUAACAUGGUUUAGCUAUUAGACAGUAAAAAGACAUAAAUACCCUUAUGUCUUUCCUCCUCCAUCUUCUUCCUUACUUUUUCCUCCUCCAUCUUCUUCCAUUAGAGCCACCACCACCAUUGUUAAACUGCUGCUAAGGUCGGAAAGGAAGUGCAACGACAGCACCAAAAGCGGCGGCACCACCACCUCUCCCUCUUCCCUCUCCCCAAUAACACCCCAGCGCAUAACCACCUCGCGCAUCGACACCAACCCGAUCCUACCCAUUUCCCCCUCCUCGAAAACCACCCUAACCACCACCUCCACACGUAUCAAACCUGUGAAACCUAGCUCUGACCACUAAUUCGACCCCAAAUCAACAUAUUUAACCAAUUCGACUCCAAAAAUUAACAAAUUCGACCCUUAAAGUAGCAAUUCGACCCCCAAAACCAACAAAUUCGAACCCAAAACCAACAAAUUCGACCCCAAGAAUUAGCAUUUUCGAUAAAUUUGACCCCCUAAAGUCAACAAAUUUGACCCCAAAAUCACCAAAACUCCUAGAAAUUUCAACCCAUAUUUGGGAAAUGAGAAGAAAUCGGGGAAGGGAGGAGGGUGGUUGAUUCCGACUAGGGAGGAUGGCUGAUUUCGGCGUUCCGACAAGCGGUUUUAAUUUGGUGGUUAUGAAAGAAGAGAGAGGGUGGGUCGGGAACAAGGGAGGGGUGCUCGUUUUGGUAUUGGGGUGUUGGUGGUGAGGGUCUCCGGCGGGGUAGAGGGUUGAGACGUCGUCCGCCACACCAAGCUGAGCUCCGGCAAGGAAAGGAGGGUUGGUGGUUGGGGAGGGGUUUGUAUUAUUUGUUUUUAUUUAAAAAAAAUUGAAGGAUAUUAAUGUAAAUCUAUUAUUACUUAAUCUAAAAUUAACCCUGAGUAAUUGUUUAAUGAUGUUUUAAUAUUAUUAAUGUUACCAUUAGCUUAGUUUUAUUAAUUCGUGAUAACCAUUGAUAAUAAAAAGUUUCAUACUUUACCACUAAGAAAAGAAAAAAUUGUGAUUAGCAGAUAGAAUUUCUCUAAAAUUUAUCAAUAUAACAAUUGGUUUCGUUUUUUUCGUCUCCAUCUUCCCUCACAAGCUUCAUAAGUUCUCAUAGUGGCAACCCACUUUCAUCACCAUUUUAAAAACCCAACUUUUUUUUUCCCUUCAAAAUUUAAGAAAAAAUAAACCGUAAAAAAAAGAAAAAUUCAAACCCUGAAAAAAAAUUCAAUGGACGUCGGGCAAUCAUCUGGUUCAAAUUCCUCUGAUGAAGUUUGGGCCAAACUUGUGCCAUCUGAUUCAAGCUAUGCAAGCAUUGAGAUUAGCUCAGAUGAUACAAUUGUAUGUUCACAGAUCUCAUCUACUUCCGAUAGGCUUGAAUGGUGCCAGAUUAUAAGGAACUCUGAUCGAUGUUCAGCCACUAUCAGAAACAAAAGGUCAAGUAUUAUACUCAUUGACGGGGCUAUACUGGAGAGUGAAGAUGUAGUUAGUAUUAAGUGUGGCUGUGAAAUAGUGCCAGCUUCCACUAAAGUAGAGCAUCUUAGCUUUAAAUUUGAGGUGAUGCCUGUCCAAGAACAACGCUUUGAGAAUAAGUUAAAGAUAUUUCUAGAUUCGGAGCACACAAAAUGCUGCAUUUGCUUGAAUGUUUGGCAUGAUGUUGUGACAGUAGCUCCUUGCCUUCAUAAUUUCUGCAAUGGGUGCUUCUCAGAGUGGUUAAAGAGGUGCCAGAAGAAACAUUCAAGUGUCUUAUGCCCCCAGUGUAGAGCAGUUGUGCAAUUUGUUGGAAGAAAUCAUUUUCUCCAUGGUAUUGAGGAGGACAUUUUGCAGGCAGAUGCUUCAUUACGGCGCUCUACAGAAGAACUUGCUAUAUUAGAUUCUUAUGCAACCAUCAAGUCCAAUCUUGUCAUUACAAACGGAAAAGGAAAUCGUCAAAAGAGGGCACGUUCACCAAUUCAUGAAGAGCGUGUAGAAAUGGAAUUAUCAUGCCCUCAAUGUGGAACUCAAUCUGGAGGUUUCCGUUGCACUGAGAAUAGUGCCCAUUUGCAAUGCCAUGCAUGUGGUGGGAUGAUGCCAUCAAGAUCUAAUAUUAGCAUUCCACAACAUUGUUGUGGUUGCGAUAGAACAUAUUGCGGUGCUUAUUGGCACGCUCAGGGAGUUACUAGGACAGAUCGUCACCCCAUCUGCCAACUUGAAACUUUCAGACCUAUCUCCGAGCACAGAGUGUUUAAUAUCCCAUCCACAGCGCAUGAAAGGAAUGAAUUUGAGCAAGAUAUCACUAAUAGGUGCAUAAGACAGAUGGGUACAACACUACAAGAAGUGAUUGCCGAAUGGAUUACAAAAUUGGACAACCAAGAAAUUGAUCGUUCAAGAUUGCAUUUGAAGCAUCCUGAGAUGAUAACUGCUGGCACUUACGUCUGCAGUGAUUGUUACAACACACUGGUUUCAUUUCUUCUUUACUGGUUCCGGAUUUCAUUGCCUGUCCAUCUUCUACCGCCGGAGGCAUCAAGCAGGCAAGACUGUUGGUAUGGCCAUGCUUGUCGCACGCAACAUCACAGUGUAGAUCAUGCACGUAAGCGUAAUCAUGUUUGCCGACCUACUAGAGGUUCCCAUACAUGAUGCAGAGUAUUAAAAACAAUUUCGGUUUGGGAGGGGAGUGUCGAGGAUCAGCAAUGUCUGCUGCUGAUUCUGAAAUAGUUGUGUAAUCUUUCUUCUUCAAAAGUUUUAUUUUACUUUUAUCUGGACUUAUGUGUUGAUGCUUUCAGCUCUGUAUUCCCUUCAUUUAAACAGUUAAUUGGUUUUUCAUUUAA